AAGAAUAUGUAAGAUUUUUUUUCUCUGUAAUUAUGGCACAAUCUAUGCGUCUAAUAACCACGAUUAGAGGGACAGAAGUUCGUAAUAGGUCUAUAAAAUGUUGUGUGAGAGAAUCAGCCAAUAAUCUGCCAAAGAAGCGUGGUUAUAACAACCACACAAUCUCGGUUGAUAUCUCUCUGUUUGUUGAUCCAGUCUUAGCAGCCAUCUUAUGGAAGCUCUUCAACCAAUCCAARUUUUUUUUAAUGAAUUUUACGAUAUGGCUUUAUAAACAGUGGAAAGUUGAAGAAAAAAUCGUCGAUACAUCAGGCAGCAAAAUUGUAUAUAAUAAUUAUUUAAGCCUUCACAUACUAAAUGUUAAUGCAAAUACAGUCCAUACAUGUACCUGUUUGAAGACAAACGCUUAUAUACAUGUUAUGCCUUUAAAGUUUCUAAAUAUGACUGCUGAUAUACGAUGGUCAGAAAAACUUUGGCCGUUGUUGGUAGAAUUUGCACACUUGAAUGAUAUUAUGUCGUGGCUCUCAACACUUGGAGGUGCUUAUUCUUCACUGGGAGAAAAUUGUGUUAUUUCGUCUAAGAAAGCUGGUGACAUUUCCAAACAGCAGUAUGUGAUUGCAUCCAAGUUAAAGAACCCAAUCCUCACAGCACAGUGCAACCUGUUCCUGGCUAUGAGCCUGGUUCAAAGGGGACACCUUAAGUCAGCUUCUGUCAUCAUCAGACGGCAAUAUGCUGAAGCUGUUUCUGAUGGGCUUUAUGAUCAAAAGCUUAUUUCUCUGUGUAAGGCAGCGUGGAACAAAGUUCGAUUCAAGAAACAAUUAAAGUUACAGGCCAGACAUUCGAGAGAAUCUAUUCCACCUGAUACUAUCAACCAUCAGGACUAUAGCUGACAGUAGACUCUAGAGGGCUUCUCUUCUCUUCUAGAGUGCAUAACUCUCCAUCAAGCUGAGAGAGAGAAAAACAGAGAGAUGCCGGAGUAGAGGCUACCGCAGUACAUACAUGCAGUCGACUCAAACAAAGAAACUUUUACAAUAAAGGAUAAGAAAACGUUUUUUUGCUUUUUUUUUUUUUAUCUAUUUAUAUAUUUUUUCUUUCUUUGAUUUUCUUGUAUUGAUUUUCUGGUGGACAAAAAAAUGGGCCCUCUUUUCUUAUGCAAAAAAAACCAGUUUUGUUUUGGACUCAGUGCGAGGGGUCAAUCUCGUAAAACCAAGAAGAUUAUUAUUAUUUUCAUCAAGUAUUUACUUUCACAAAUAUGAAAGUAUAAUAUUUUAUACAAUCUGUUAUAUUACACAUUUGACAUGUACAAAUAUUGUCAAUCAUCAUCAGAGAAGAGCUACUAUAGCAGAAUCUUGUAUAUCACAUAAUUCUAUACAUUAUCUUUUACAUUAUAAGUAUCUUACAAUGAGAAAUACAUCAGAUCUACUAUGUAUGGAUUAUUAAUGAUUAUCAGUAUGAAGAAUUACCAUUGUAAGGCUAGAAGAGAUAACUAGCUAAAAAAAUACAAGGCAAGUCUUUGUCCUUUGGUCUGUGUUAAUGAUUCCUGAACAAAUAAGGAACAUAUAAAUAAAGGAUGAUGUAGUA